UCUGGACUCUGCAAUUCCACCAUCAAAUCACUCUCUGAAAUCUGCUGAUUUCGCUUCCAAACUAGGGUUUCGAUCUUCGAUACCCACUCACCUUCUUCCCCAUCUUUCUAGGGUUUCGAUUUCCAAAACCCUAACAGCCCCCACAUUCUUCACUAUCUACCCUCCCGUUUAAAUUUGGCACCAGUUCUCGCUUCAAUUCCAGUCCGAGUUACAAUGCACAUUAAGGAGAUAUGCUUAGAGGGAUUCAAGUCCUACGCGACGAGGACGGUGGUACCGGGCUUCGAUCCCUUUUUCAAUGCCAUCACUGGCUUGAAUGGGUCAGGCAAAUCGAACAUUCUCGAUUCGAUUUGUUUUGUUUUGGGUAUUACAAAUUUGCAGCAGGUUAGGGCUUCGAAUCUUCAGGAGCUGGUGUACAAACAAGGGCAAGCUGGGAUAACCAAGGCCACGGUGUCAGUUGUGUUUGAUAAUUCAGAUAGGAAUCGGAGUCCUUUAGGAUAUGAGGAUUGCCAAGAAAUUACAGUGACCCGUCAGAUUGUAGUUGGUGGAAGGAACAAGUACCUAAUCAAUGGACACCUUGCACAGCCCAAUCGAGUGCAAAAUCUUUUUCAUUCAGUGCAGCUCAAUGUGAACAAUCCACAUUUUCUUAUAAUGCAAGGGCGUAUCACUAAAGUCCUAAACAUGAAACCUCCAGAAAUUUUAUCCAUGCUUGAAGAGGCUGCUGGGACAAGAAUGUAUGAAACAAAGAAAGAGGCUGCUUUGAAAACGCUUGAGAAAAAGCAGAGCAAGGUAGAUGAGAUUGACAAGCUUCUUGACCAGGAGAUACUUCCUGCUUUGGAGAAGCUCCGGAAAGAAAGGAUGCAAUACAUGCAAUGGGCACAUGGCAAUGCCGAGUUAGAUCGACUGAAAAGGUUUUGCAUUGCUUAUGAGUAUGUUCAUGCAGAAAAAAUCAGAGAUAACACAAUUCAGGGGGUAGAAGAAAUAAAGGCCAAAAUUUCUGAGAUUGAUGAUAAUACAGGGAUGAUGCGUGAGGAAAUUCAAGAGAUGGAAACCAAAGUUUCACAAUUGACCGCUGAGAAAGAAGCUAGUAUGGGCGGCGAAGUUAAAAGUUUGUCAGAAAAAGUUGAUGCUCUUUCUCGUGACCUUGUUAGGGAAGCAUCCGUACUGAAAAAUCAAGAGGAAAGUCUCAGGGCUGAGAAAGAUAAUGCUACAAAGAUUGAGAGAAAUAUUGAAGAAUUAAAGCAGUCUGCAGAAGAGAGGGCCUUUGCUGUCAAAAUAGCUGAAGAUGGAGCAGCUGAUUUGAAAAAUAGAGCUGCAGAGCUUUCUAAGAGCCUGGAAGAGAAUGAGAAAGAGUACCAGGGGGUACUAGCUGGUAAGAGCAGUGGAAAUGAGGAGAAAUGUCUUGAAGAUCAACUAGGUGAUGCUAGAGUAGCGGUUGGCUCAGCAGAAACAGAAGUGAAACAGUUGAAAACAAAAAUAAGCCACUGUGAAAAGGAGCUGAAAGAGAAAAAAGAACAGCUAAUGUCAAAGCGUAAAGAAGCUGUUGCUGUAGAGAAUGAACUUAGUGUCAAAAGGAAAGAGGUGGAAAAAGUUAAAACAGCUUUGGAAUCUCUCUCUUACGACGAGGGGCAGAUGGAAGUGUUGCAAAAGGAUCGCAUGGCUGAGUUAGAGAUGGUGCAGAAGUUGAAAGAUCAAAUUCGUAUUCUUUCUUCACAAUGCGCAAAUGUUUACUUCACAUACCGUGACCCUGUGAAGAAUUUUGAACGAUCGAGGGUGAAAGGUGUGGUUGCAAAACUCAUUAGAGUGAAGGAUAGCUCCACGAUGACUGCCUUAGAGGUUGCUGCGGGUGGGAAGUUGUUUAAUGUUGUGGUGGACACGGAAAACACAGGAAAACAGCUUCUUCAAAGUGGUGGACUUCAAAGAAGAGUGACAAUUAUCCCUCUAAACAAAAUUCAAAGCCAUCCUGUCCCCAGUAGAGUUAAAAAUGCUGCUUUUAGAUUGGUUGGUAAGGAGAAUGCUGAAGUGGCACUUUCUUUGAUUGGAUAUGAUGAGGAACUGAAGAAUGCAAUGGAUUAUGUGUUUGGCUCAACCUUUGUUUGCAAAACUAUUGAUGCUGCACGAGAGGUUGCUUUUAAUAGGGAAAUUGGCAACCCAAGUGUCACUCUUGAAGGUGAUAUAUUUCAGCCAAGUGGACUUCUAACUGGUGGUAGUCGCAAGGGUGGUGGUGAUCUGUUAAGGCAACUUCAUGCUUUGGCGGAGGCUGAAUCCAAACUCUCUUUUCAUCAGAAGUGCCUAUCAGAAAUUGAUGCUAAGAUUAAUGAGCUCCUUCCUCUUCAAAAAAAGUUUGAAGACCUAAGGUCACAGUUGGAACUGAAGUCAUAUGACCUUUCCUUAUUUCAGAGCAGGGCUGAGCAAAAUGAGCAUCAUAAGCUCGGUGAACUAGUGCAUAAGAUUGAACUGGAGCUUGCAGAAGCAAAAUCCUCUGCCCAAGAAAAGCAAAUUUCGUAUGAAAAUUGGGUAAGUAAAGUCUCAUUGCUUGAAAAGUCCAUUUGUGAACAUGCCAAUAGUCGUGAGAGCAGGCUCAAAGAUUUAGAGAAGAAGAUUAAGGCAAUCAAGGUUCAAAUGCAGUCAGCUUCGAAAGAUCUCAAGGGGCAUGACAAUCAAAGGGAGAGGCUCAUUAUGGAAAUGGAAGCAGUUAAACAGGAGCAAGCAUCUUUGGAGAGUCAAUUAGUUUGUUUGAACGAGCAGAUUAAUAAUUUUACUUCAGAAGUGAAUGCACAUAAGAUCAAGGUUGCUUCAUUAAGAAAUGAUCAUAGUCAGGCUGAAUCUGAGCUCAACUUGGCCCGCACAAAGAUGAAGGAAUGUGACUCGCAAAUCAGUGCCAUCCUUCAGGAGCAGCAGAAACUUCAACAAAAAAUUAGUGAGACAAUUCUUGAGAGGAAGAAGAUGGAAAAUGAGGUUAAACGGAUGGAGCUGGAACGAAGAGAUUGUUCUUUGAAGGUCGAGAAAUUAAUUGAGAAGCAUGCUUGGAUCACAUCUGAGAAGCAGCUUUUUGGAAGAAGCGGGACUGAUUAUGAUUUUGAAUCCCGUGAUUCUCGAAAGGCAAGGGAAGAAUAUGAAAAGCUUCAAUCUGAACAAUCUGGCCUUGAGAAAAGGGUGAACAAGAAAGUGAUGGCGAUGUUUGAGAAAGCAGAAGAUGAGUACAAUGACUUGAUAUCUAAGAAAAACAUUAUUGAGAAUGACAAGUCGAAAAUCAAGAUGGUUAUUGAAGAGCUUGAUGAGAAGAAGAAGGAGACACUGAAAGUUACUUGGGUUAAAGUUAAUAAUGAUUUUGGAUCUAUAUUUUCUACUUUGUUACCUGGCACGAUGGCAAAGCUAGAACCUCCUGAGGGAUGCAGCUUCUUAGAUGGUCUUGAAGUUCGUGUUGCAUUUGGAAGUGUCUGGAAACAGUCCUUGUCAGAACUUAGUGGAGGGCAAAGAUCUCUACUCGCACUUUCCCUUAUUUUGGCAUUGCUUCUCUUCAAGCCAGCACCACUUUACAUACUGGAUGAGGUUGAUGCAGCGCUUGAUCUAAGUCAUACACAAAACAUUGGAAGAAUGAUCAAAACUCAUUUUCCACAUUCCCAGUUCAUUGUUGUUUCUCUGAAAGAAGGUAUGUUCAAUAAUGCGAAUGUUCUUUUCCGAACAAAGUUUGUGGAUGGUGUUUCUACUGUGCAGAGAACAGUUGCAGCUAAGCAAAAUAAGUGAUUUCACCGAUAUCAUGCUUUAACCGGUUGAUUGAGAGAUUUGAAAUGACCUCUGCAGUCAGUCCUAACUACUGAAGUAUAGGAUCUGGAGCAUGCAAUUGAUGCGGAACUCUUUUGUAUGUAUGUAUGUAAAUUUAUAGCUAAUUAUGGGGAGUGUCAUUAUAGAAGCUCUUGUUCAUGUUGUCUUUUGCUGCCUAUUGCUUCUAGCCAUUUUCAUUGUACUAAACUGUAUCUUUUUUGGCUAUGUAAUUUGUGUGACCUUUCAAAUGUGUUGUGCCACGUCCUUUGUAAUUUACGGCAAGAGGAUAUGUAAUACUCCUGAUUUUCAAUAUUGUUAAGUUGUACCACUAAAAAGGUUUUCAGAUUUUGAAUAUCAUGGGUAGAUUGAG